UAGUGUAGCUGUGUUAUUGACUCUCCACGCAGCCACUUAAUCUCAGACUAACCUUUUUAUGUUUUUUCCCAUUUCUCUAUAAUUAAAAAAAAGCACUUCAUCACAUGGAUGCAUAGGUUCCCUGUCGUCUAGUCCGAGGUUAAGUUCAGUUCAGUAAUGACACAGCGAGAAAUGAGCUGCAGCAGGUCGUUUGUAGAGAGUAGAUAUUUCAUCAUGGCAUGACGUCAUUUAAAUGUCAACAGGAAGGCCAGCGAGGUCAUAUACUUCCAUCAGGUUGGAUUUUUAUUUCCUUGUCUCCCAUAACUGUGCCUCACAUUUUGGUUUCAACUACAGUACAGUAUAGUAUAGUAUAGUAUACAUGAAACAUAUGUUAUAUUUAGUUUUUAGUCUGUGAUCUCUUGUUUAAAUUUAUUUAUAUUUUUAAUUGAACCGUGCAAAACACCUGCCCAUAAUUCAGUGCCCAUGUCUUUAUCCGUGUCAGUUUCUCAAACUGUAAUAUGUGUUAAACAAUUUUGUAGCUGAUGUGUAGCUGUGGUUUCAACAGGAACUAGGAUUUUUACAUAUUACUGUAUCAAACUCGUCAUUAUACUUCUUACUCUGUUUUCACUUCUGCCACCUUUCUUCUUUAACAUUAAUCCAAGGGCAAUAUUUAGUCCGGUAGCAACACAGUUACUGUUGCCCUUGUGAUAUUAUCAUCUUUAAAAAGCUGCAGCUUGAGAUGUUAGUAAGCAAGAUGGUUUAUGUAAAGCCAUGAAAUACUGAGCACUGCUCAGUAUAGGCCUUUCUGGGAGAAAAUGUCACUUAGAGAGGCAAAAAACAACCUCAAACAGACCAUGAGAAUAUAAACAGCACCAUAAAGAGAUGCAAAAAGACAUGCACAAUAACUAAAGGUGAAAAAACCUUGACAACUACAUAGACAAAAUGACAAAAAAGAGACAAAAAUGCCACAAAUAUGUAAAACUAAUCCAGAGCAACACCAAAUAAGGCCUUUUUCACAGCACACAUGUAGAUAAUAAAAAUGAAUGACAGCUGAAUUCCAUUUAGCUGCUUCAGUUUCAGGUUUACCAGUUCCAGGUAUUCCACAUUCCGUCUCACUGUCACUGUUCCGUCUUGUUGGAACACUUGAACUACUAGCCUGAGUAUUAAGUUUAAAGUUAUCAGUGCUUUUCCUAGGAUGACAUGACCAAUAUCUGCUGUGGGGGAAAAGGGGCCCCCGGCGAUCUGAAUGAUAGAGAAUCAGGUGUGGGGCCAAUUCACGGUGCGUUCAGAUGUUCCUUAAUCACGGCGUAGGUCACGCUGUCAAACAACCCCCCCGUCCUGCUGAUGUUCUGUUGACCCAGAAGCUGCUUGGCUCCCUCUGUCUCUGCCCUGCCUGGGGGCGGGGGCGAGGUCUGCUCGUCUCUGAAAAUAGCACCGGGAGGGGAACACGAGAGUGCGUCUCGCCUGGUGCUGGAAAAACACCCGUCGUGGUCGUGUUGGGCUGCAGGGGGUUGCAACAUCGACCGUCCUGUUGCUGCCUCUCAGAUGUGAGCUCACCACUGCCUCGCCGCCUGGUUCAGAGGAGCAGACACUACAGACUCUACAGUGGGACAAACACACCUUGCAAUUGUCCCAAACAGCGCACAGCCAAUGGAGGACCUGAGGCAGAAGAUGGGCGUCAUGUCACAGACGAUAUGCCCAAGCUCGCGGGCUCCAUCUGACGAGGACCUGAAGGCCCCGAGCGGAAGGACAGACGAGAAAAUGCACAUGAAGAGAGAAAUCUCUCUCGUCAACGGAAUCUGCCUCAUCGUGGGCAACAUGAUCGGCUCUGGGAUCUUCGUCUCGCCGAAGGGUGUGCUCAUGCACAGCGCCUCCUACGGGCUGUCGCUGCUGAUCUGGGCCCUCGGGGGCAUCUUCUCGGUGUUUGGGGCCCUGUGCUACGCAGAGCUCGGCACCACCAUCACCAAGUCCGGCGCCAGCUACGCCUACAUCCUGGAGUCCUUCGGCGGCUUCCUGGCUUUCAUUCGCCUGUGGACGUCCAUCCUGCUGAUUGAACCGGCCAGCCAGGCUGUGAUUUCACUCACCUUCGCCAACUACCUGGUGGAGGCCUUCUACCCCACCUGCCAGCCGCCCUACGACGCUGUCCGCCUCAUCGCUGCCGCCUGCCUCUGCAUGCUUAUUUUCAUCAACUGUGCCUAUGUGAAGUGGGGGACACGUGUCCAGGACAUCUUCACUUACAUCAAACUCAUGGCUCUCUCCCUCAUCAUCAUCGUAGGGCUCCUGAAAUUAUCGGCGGGAGAAACAAAAAGCUUCGAGAGUCCGUUUGAGGGCUCCACCACAGAUCCCGGGGCCAUAGCUUUGGCCCUCUACUCAGCUCUGUUCUCCUACUCCGGCUGGGACACGCUCAACUUUGUCACGGAGGAGAUUAAGAAUCCAGAGAGAAAUCUUCCCCUGGCCAUCGCCAUUUCCAUGCCCAUCGUGACCAUCAUCUACAUGCUGACCAAUGUGGCGUACUAUGUGGUUCUGGACAUGCCGUCUCUGCUGGCCAGUGACGCUGUUGCUGUGACGUUUGGCAAUGCAGUCCUCGGGCCGUUCAAGUGGAUCAUCCCCGUUUCGGUGGCCAUGUCCUGCUACGGAGGACUCAAUGCCUCUAUCAUCUCUGCGUCACGGUUGUUUUUCGUCGGAGCCAGAGAAGGUCACCUCCCCAGCAGUCUGAGUAUGAUCCACCUGGAGCGCUACACACCUAUACCUGCGCUGCUGUUCAACGGGUUGAUGGGCCUGAUCUUUCUGUGUGUGGAGGAUGUGUUCCAGCUCAUCAACUACUUCAGCUUCAGUUACUGGCUCUACGUGGGUCUGUCUGUGGCCGGGCUCAUCUACCUGCGCAUCACUCAGCCCAACCGAUACAGGCCUGUGAAGUUGACCCUGGUCUUCCCCAUCAUCUACUGUCUGUGCAGCCUGUUCUUGGUCAUCGUCCCUCUGUUCGGAGACACCAUCAAUUCUCUCAUCGGAAUUGGCAUAUCGCUCUCUGGGGUGCCAGUUUAUUAUGUGGCUAUUUACUUGCCUGAGGAGAAGAGGCCCAAAUUCAUUAGGAAAUUGAAUGCUUUUGCCACUCGAUUCAUCCAGAUGCUGCUCUACUGCUGCCUGACUGACCUCGACGUGGAGACAGAGACACGGGCAGGAGCUAAAACGCAGUGAACUGCAGACCAACUCUGUCAUUCACAGGGCUGCCCUCCGCCCGGGGGCCCCGUUCCUGAAAGACGAGGCCCUGCGAUGGACAGCACAGCGAGGCCCGGGCCCACAGCGUUCGCGUGCCAGGUCAAGUUUAAAAAAAGAAAAAGCGGAGGCCUAACGUCUCAAAUGACUCACUUCGAGGAGCGAGCACUGCAGAGAGACUGCAAAUGUGGCUUCUCCUGUAAAUAUAUCAUUAUAUUUUGUACAGAGAACGAGGAAUAUUUUGAGGAUGAGGAUUUAAUAAAACUAUGAAAAAAAAUGUUCAGGUCAACCUCACGUUUUAUUCAGUGUUGAGAUGUGAUGAGAUGAAAUAAUGCUCAUCUGGCGAGAAUUCAAUCAUGUGACGGUCUAUAUUUAGUAUGACUAAUGGGGUUUUUUUAAUUACAUAUUUUACUACAUUUAAAAUUGUACAUUUCAACCAGUAUUAGUGAUUGGGUCCUGAGCCGCCUCACUGUGAAGCAGGUUCAUUGAAGUGCCUUCUUUAAAGCUUGUCAAUCUUUAAUGUGAAGAAUAACUGAUCUCAGUGAGUUUACAUUCUGUGUUUUUAAGAACUAUAUUCUUCAUAAUCACCGUGAGUGGAUUCACAGGAGCGUCUGUCUGAAUAGAGCCGUCUGUGCUUUGUCAAGUCCUUUUACGUUUGCGGCCAAGUUGCCAUGUCAGCAAAACUCUUCCUGCAAACUGGUGAGAGACAAACUCACAAACUAAUGGACAAAAAAAAAACCGAGGCAGUGGGGAAGCUGUUUGGUUUUUGUUUUUCCAGUUCAACACGUGCUGACCUUCAUCACCCAGAGGAAACGAAGGUUGGACGGCCGGAAACAUCUUUCGGAUGCUUCACGUGAAAAGAGUUGUGUCCCUGUUUUAAUUGUCAUAUAAUAAUUAAUCGGUGUGUAUUAUGCAAUUUAUGUCCUUCAGCAUCUUUAUUAUUUUGUAUUAUGAUUAAAGUGCAAAACUUUUUCACAAUA